ACGUCAUGACGCAUCGUUUCCAAACAAUGCUAAGGAAAAAGCCACGUUGACGAUCCAGAUUGAACUGUAGUCCUGAAUUUCGAGCAGGCCAGCGCUGGGAUUAGUUUCUUCAGACGACCUGGUUCCUUUCCCGCUGCAGACUUGAGAUCAGUGCAGUCAUGUCGUCAGAGCCGAAGGAGAAAGUGGAGACGAAAGGAGGACAUCCCCCUGCAGUAAAGGCAGGAGGGAUGAGGAUAGUGCAAAAGCACCAGCCCGCUGUGGUGCCUGAACCCCCACCAAAAGAUGAUGAUGAAGAUGAAGAGGAGUACGUCAGCAGCAGUCCACCGAAGGCCCCCAUGGUUGUGUCUGGAGUGGUUACAAAGGGUGAUAAGGACUUCACCCCAGCUGCUGCCCAGGUCGCCCAUCAGAAGCCCCAGCCUGGUGUUCCGAAGCUGGCCCCCCUCCAGCAGCACAUCAAACAGCAAAUCCACCAGCCUCGCAAGUGAGCCGGGCAGCAGGCUACAAGGGCUCCGCUAACUCCACUAGCAGGCCUUUCCAAUGGAACACAGAAGAUGAAUAUAUUUCCCCCACCAGGCUCAGGUCUCUGCUUAAUAAUCACCGUAGUUUUUUGUUUUGUUAGCUUUUACAUGACCUGUACAAGGAUCUUAAACAGACGCCCAGUGUAGCCAUUGUAGAGGACCCACUGUUUACACCUCUGCUGCAUUGUGCUGCACUAUCAGUUCUGCACUUUUAAUCCUCCCCUUAUGAGGGAUUGUGUUGACGAUUUUAUAGUCUUAAAUCGGAUUAAGUGGCCCUUCUAAAAUGGCUAUCAUUGUAGGAUUACACAUUAAUGGAGAAGCUGAUCUGAGUCUGUGGGGGGAACUCUCAUCCCCACCCAUGUGCUGAUUAACACAACAUCAAAGCGAACCAACCAAUCACAGUAACCUGUAAUCGGUCCGACCAACCAAUCACCUCACAGUGACGAGCCCGAGCUCCAGCCUUCUACCUAUGAUCUUCACAGACCAAAAGAACCAAUCGAGAAAUCACAAGGUGGACAUUAAUAGAACAUAAUAAACACAAACCAAAAAGAUACAGGAAGCAGCUUCUGAGGAACAAACCUCACUUUGAUGAUAUCACUGCGUCAAACAUGAACCAGAGAGCGCUAUAGUUGCUCAAAGUAUUACAGCAUUAACCAAUCAUAAGGUCUGUAGUGUUGCCUGACUCCCAAUGCAAAGUGUAGAUAUAGUAUCUCCAGAUAGGUAACAUUUUCAAUAUUAAAGACACCAAAAAAGGGGAACCAAUGAGAUGCUGACUGUGUCAUGAGUCAUGCUUGCUAGCUUAAAGCUUUGGCUAAUAUAGCUUUUAGGCAUUGACAAAAGCUAUUUACCUUUUGCUAGAGUUUCUUCCUCUGUCACUAUAUUCAACUUAAUUUAAGAGGAAGCGCCUUACUGAUGUCUGCUCUGCAUUUUCUGCUGCUUUGUUAUUGCUGUAAUCAUGUGGCUCCUCCUCUGCAUUGUUAACUAGUUUUAAUGCAAACUUAACCUGCCUCAUAGUAAACAGCUUUUAAAAAAAAAAAACUGCCUUAUUGCUUAGAAUCCAGGAUUGCAUUUUUUCUCUGCUUUUCACCGGAGUCAGCUGGAAAGAGAAAAACAAAGCCAGAAAUGCGAUGAAAUAUGUUUACUGUGAGGCAGCGACAGGAUGCUUUGUGUAUGCAUUAACAAUAGCAUGAACAGCAGGACAGAGUAAUGUACUUUACAACAAAGUGUUGCAGUGCAGCAGCUCAGAAAAUAGUCCAGCUUUCAGCUGUCAGAUAAAGGUAAUCGCUGUGCAAAAAUGGUGAUUUCAACAUUCCAUAGAAAACUGUCUGAAUAAAUAUGUAGACGUUUAGAAGUGUUCAGAGCAAAUACAAUCCAUUUAUUUCCUCCUGCAGAAGAUCAGCAGGUAUGGCUUGUUUAAUAUCAGACAUUUGCAUCAGCCCCUAAAAUCCUAAAAAAAAAAAAUGUCCUUAGAAAUGAUACAUAUCAACACACACUUAAAAAACACACACACCACCCUUUUCCUUAAACACCCAUCCCCUUACACUCAAGUGUCGUCGUAACACUAAUGUUCAGGUUCUAAGACAAGAAAGAAUUUAUCUUACCAAGAAGGAAUAAUUUCCAAUGUUAAUUUAAUUUUAAAAGAGUUGUAUUUUUGUUUUUUUCUUUGGUUCUUGUUCUUGAGUAAAUUGUUUAAAUUGUAUAAAUCUUUAGUCAUUGAGUGGACUUAGGUAUUAGGUGUGGUUGUCAUAGUAAAUAAAGAUAUAAACUAUCUUGUUAAA